AUGAAUUAUGCAAGUAUGCAGAUGGUGCCUUUUGCGUCGCCGGCGCCGCUGGUAGGGUCACUACGAACCGAUGUGUCCCUCGCGAACCGCCGACAGCCGCGGCAGAAGAAGCAGAAGAAGCCGAAGCGGAAAGACACUCGUCACGUCGAGGCCGACGAUGUCAUUGCACCGGUUCCUCUGAGCGCCCGCGUAAGCGGCGCGAAACGGCUCUACGACGACGACGAAGACGAAGAGGACGACGAUGUGAGUCUGUACGAGUUUGACAAGGAUGCGGCGAUACACCACCAGCAGGCAGCAGCAACCGCUGCGUCGCCGCCCGGCGUUGAAAAGAUGCAGCACGUCACCCGCUCAUGGACACCGACGACCGUGCUCAUCGCCUGGGCAGGCAUGAUGCUGCUCGCCAUUGCGCUCAGCCUCGACAGCCUGACGGUCCCGUCCUACCAGCCCUACGCGCUGUCCGAGUUCCAGUCGCAUGCGAUGCUUCCCGUCCUCGGCACGCUUCAAAGCAUACUAAACGCGGCGGCCAAGCCCGUCGCCGCCAAGAUUGCCGACGCCGCCGGCCGCGCCGAGGCGCUGAGCGUCUCGCUCGCGGUUGUUGUGCUGGGCCUCGUCGUCCACGCCGCGGCGCGGAACCUCGGCGCCAUGACGGCCGGCCAGGUCUUCUACGCCACCGGCCAGGCGGGCGUCGUGUUUGUGCAGCAGGUUCUGGCCGCGGACACGACGACGCUGGCGAACCGCUCGCUGCUCGGCGCGCUGCUCGGCGCGCCGCCCGUCUUCACGGCCUGGGUGGGCGGCACCGUGGUCGAGGCCCUGGUGCCGGCUCAUUGGCGCUGGGCGAUUAUCGUGCCUGUCGUGUCUAUCCCGCUCCUCGUAUCCAUCUGGCGUCUCCAGAUCACACGACCAAAGGUACCGGACGGGAGUGCCAUGGAUGGUUUCAUCGCAAAGUGGGCGCAGGCAGAUGUCCCCGGCCUCGUCUUGUUCGUAUCCGGCCUCGUGCUGCUCCUGCUGCCCAUGACACUCGCUGUCCGCUUCGACAGCGGCUGGACCUCGCCGCACAUUCUCGCCAUGCUCGUUGCCGGCACCGUGAGCUUCACCGGCUUCGUCUUGUACGAGAUGCACGUGGCUCGCUACCCCAUCUUGCCUGUCCGCCUCGCCAGGAGCCGGACCGUUGCGGCCGGGUGUCUGACCGAGGCGCUCGUCUUCCUGAGCUACUACAUCUGGCAGCCGUACUUUUACUCGUUCCUGGUGGUCGUCCACGACUUGUCGCCAAAAGCGGCCACCAAUAUCCAGACGUCGCACGUCGUUUCUGCCGCCGUGGUCGGUCUCGCGGCGGCAUUUGCGGUCAAGUACACAGGCAACUGCAAAUGGGUGGUUGUCGCGGGCACCCUCGUCAAGCUGCUGGGCGGCGGGCUCAUGAUGCGGUACUCCAGCGCUGAGGCGACGCUGGCUCAGAUAAUCAUAGGCCAGGUCAUUGCUGGCGGAGGGUCUGGCAUGAUUAGCAUUGUUGCGCAGACUGCUGUUCAGUCCGUCGCCAGCCACCAAGGCGAGUGUGAACCCUCAAACAAACUCGGGCGCCUACUGACAUUAUGUUUUCAAGAUGUUGCCAACGUGACAAUGUUAUACGAAGCGGCCCGAGCCAUUGGCGGCGCCAUAGGAACCGCCAUAUCGGGCUCCAUCUGGACGAGUGUACUGCUUGCCAAGCUGCAAGCACAUCUCCCAGAGGCGUCCAAGUCCAACGCCGUUGAUAUUCAAAAUUCGUUUACCCUCGCAAUGUCUUUUGCCGUGGGUAGCCCCGAGCGCGUGGCCAUUAACCAGAGCUACACCGAGGUCAUGUAUGUUUUGCUCGUUGCCUCUAUCGCUUUUCUGGCUGUUUCAUUCUUGGUGUCAUUGGCCAUGGAAGACGUCAAGUUGAAAGAAAUCGACCGAGAUGGUGCCCAAAGCGGUGUCAUUGGCCGUAUCAACUUUGGAGAAUGGUUCAAGAAAAGGUUGGCAGGCAAAUAA